UGAUUGCUACUAAUAUAACCUACUACUAGUACAACGAGAUUCUCCGUAACAUGCAAUGAGUUCCAGGUUAUAUUGACAUCGCUCUCGCUCGGAGGCGUACAGGCAACGCGGCAAUGGAGGCUUGGUGGCCACAGUGCGGGGUUCAUCUCGCGCUGCUUCUAACUGGGCUGAUCCUCUAUCGCGCUAUCUCAUCACGGCGUUAUGGUCUCCGACCCCUCCCGCUCCCGCCGGGGCCGCGGGUGCUGCCGUUCGUCGGCAACAUCUUCUACACGAGGGACAUGACCCACCGAGGCCUGGCACGGCUGUCCGCGCGCUACGGCGGCCUCCUUCACCUCCGCGUUGGGCGCCUGAGCACCGUGGUCGUGUCGACGCCGGAGAUGGCCCGUCUGGUGCUCCAGGUGAACGACCGCGCCUUCGCCAACCGCCCCGCCAGCGCGCCGAUAGCCUACCUCACCUACGGCCGCGCGGACAUGGUGUUCGCGCAGUACGGGCCCUUCUGGCGCGAGAUGCGGAAGCUGUGCGUCCACAAGCUCUUCAGCCACCGUCGGGCCGCGUCGUGGGCCGCCGUCCACGACGAGGUCGACGACCUGAUCCGCGACGUUGCCAGGUACACUGGCUCGGUCGUCAAUCUCGGCGAGCUCCUGUUCAACAUGUCGAUGAACAUCACGCUCCGGGCAGCGCUGGGGAUGCGGAACGAGGGUGAGGACGCCGCCGAGUUCGUGGCCAUAGUGCAGGAAUUCGCCGAGCUGUUCGUGGUGUCCAACUCCACCCUCGCGGACUACGUGCCGUGGGUGGCGCGGCUGGAUUUGCAGGGGAUCAACAGGAGGAUGGUGGCGGCACGGGGUGCGCUGGACCGGUUCAUCGACCGUGCCAUCGACGAGCACCUCGCCCACCCGAAGCCGGUCGAUGCCGCGGGCGCCGACAUGGUGGACGGCAUGCUGGCUUUCCUCGUGGACAUGCCCGUGUCUGCCGACAGGGUGAGUACCGACUCCAGUGCUCAUGGGUCGACGCUUCGUCUCACCAGGGACAACAUCAAGGCCACCAUUAUGGAUGUGAUGAUCGGUGGGACAGGACCAGUAGCGAUGAUAAUUGAGUGGUUAAUGUCGGAGCUGCUGAGGGACCCGGAGGAAAUGAAGCGGGUGCAGAGCGAGCUGGCCGUGGUGGUUGGGCUGCACCGCCAGGUCGCGGCGGGUGACCUGGACGAGCUCCCUUACUUGAGGUGCGCGGUGAAGGAGACCCUCCGCGUGCACCCGCCCGGCCCGCUCCUCCAGCACGAGGCCGCCGAGGACUGCGACGUCGCCGGCUGCCGCAUCCCCAAGAACACCCGCGUCCUGAUCAACGUGUGGGCGAUCGGGCGAGACGCCGAGGCCUGGAAGGACGCCGGGACGUUCAGGCCGUCCCGGUUCGACGCCGGCGUGGACGAGGCAGAGACGGACUACCGUGGCGGCCACUUCCACCUCCUGCCGUUCGGCGCGGGGCGGAGGUCGUGCCCCGCCAUGCAGCUGGGGAUGCACGCGGUGGAAAUGGCGCUGGCGCGGCUGCUGCAUGGCUUCGACUGGAGCCUGCCGAACGGGAUGGCGCCGGAGGAUCUUGACAUGGAAGAGGCAUACGGCGCCACCGCUCCACGGGCCGUGCGGUUGUGCGCAGUGCCCGUGCCCCGUCUUACCUGCCCCGUGGUCUAGCAGAGCCGCGCGUGCACAGCUCGUGUUGCCAGAUCAGUGCAAGUAACGUGGUACUCGUCGAAUAAAUAAGGGACCGUCUAUUCC